GGAUUCAAGAAAGCGUAAUAAAAGUAAGAGAGAGUCCCACCCGGCAGCGCUUCGAUCCUGCUCCAGUCACGUACAAUGCUUCAGCUGCGACCGGUAUUUUGCAGUACGCUCCCCGCAAUCGCACUCGAGCCCUAUCGAUCGAACAACCCAAACGAUAACUUGGACCUCCUCCAUCUACCGCCAAGCGCUACAACAACUGUCACUAACCCAGACUGACGAUGCCGGCUACUUCCUUCCUUCUCCAGACCGCCAUGCAAAGCGCAGUCCUCUCCUUCCUCUCCAACCUCAUCGCUCAGACCAUUCGUCUCUAUCAACAGCAAUCCAUACCAGUGUUGAACUCGCAGACACUGCUUGGCAUGUUGUCCAGCCUCGCGCUUACGCCCGCUUUUCAGUUCGGCUUGUUUGCGUUCUUGGAUUCGAUACCACUGACAAUGUGGCAGCUCUACGUCGAGAAGGCCUUUCUGGGCCGUAGUGCAAGAAGUGUGGCAUGCAAAGUUGGCUUGGAUCAGGCGCUUGUUGCGCCGUUGAAUACUCUGGCGGUGAUCGGUGGGUUAGGCGUUAUUCAAGGCUUGACCACGGGGAUGAUCGUGAGCGAAAUCGAGAAGAACUUCUUCAACCUCUAUACAUCCGCACUGAAGUUGUGGCCUGUCGUUGCCCUGAUCUCCUUUUCGCUUAUCCCACCGCACCAACAUCUGAGAGACGAAUUGAUGGAUGCCGAGAAGAAGAAGAGUAUCAAUGAACUCGCUGCGCUAAGGGAUGAGAGGGAGAUGUUGACGGACAUGAUGGUUCGAGCCCUGCCUACCGUCAGUGACCCGACUCUUCAAGAAGCAAUGCAAAAGGUCCUCGACACGAACAGAAGGUCGGCUGCUCAGGCAACGUCCAUCCCGAAGGAGGAGCCCAGCAGCGAUUUGCCUCGCGAGUAUCCCGGCCCUGAUUAUACGGAGGAGGAAUUGCUGUAUGAUUUGAACACCAUUCGGAUCACGCACCCCGAGGGUUAUUUGGGUCCAUCACACCCUACUGCGAUCCUGAAACCCUUGGCGAAUGAAGUUGUGCCAGACUAUGAGCGCACGGUAGGACAUUUGCUUGGCUUUGGUACGGAUGAUCUCAAGAAUGCGGAGUGGUUGGAUCUGAGCGUUGAUCCUCUCGAGCUUCCGUCAAGGCAAGACGCAGAUGAAUUAGUCACAAUUUACUUUUCUCAUCUUCACUGUCUCUAUCCCAUUCUCUGGCGUCCUCGAUUUGUGUAUGAGUACAUGAGAUUUUGGGACAACAACAAGCGUGUUGUCUUUUCAAAUAACAACAACUGGCUCGCAAUCCUAAACAUGGUGUUCUGCAUCGGAUCGCUUUACGCGAUGGCUAUGGUCGACAACCCUGAUCAGAAUGGACCGUUGAUCUAUUUCAAGCGCGCGCAGUCUCUCUCGAUGAACAUGUUUUCGAUUGGAAAUCUCGAGACGGUUCAAUGUUACCUGUUCAUGGCAUGGUUUCUGCAUGCUAUGGGAAUGAACAAUAGGGCGUAUACACUCUUGGGAACGGUGGUUCGAAUGGCUGAAGCGCUUGGACUUCAUAUCAAGUCUUCUCGUUCUGGGAUUGAUCCUAUUCUCCUAGAGACACGUCGGCGCGUCUGGCAUGGCAUAAUUGUCUUUGAGCGAACUCUCGAACUUCUACUUGGUCGACCUAUCAGCAGUCCUGGUCGUUUCUCCAAUGUGGAACUUCCGGUGGAGGUAGAUGAAGAAUGGUUCGAAGGCCCACAAUCCCUUCGUGGUGUAGGACAGCCGAACUUCAAGCCUACCCGUGUCGCAUACCUCAUUGAAGCGUACAAACUGUCGAAGAUCACGGAGCAGGUGGUGGACAAACUUUACUCCGCUGUCGCUUCAGCCGUUCCGUGGAGCUUGUAUGAGGUCUCGGUCGCCGACUUGGGGAACCAAACCUUGACUUGGAAAAGUUUGCUUCCGUUUCAUCUUCGCUUUGAGGAUCAGUUUUGUACGGGUGAUCCUGAUGGGAUUUACAUCCGUCAAAGAAAUGCGUUGGCGCUUCGCUAUCACAAUGUGCGCAUGAUGAUCUUUAGGCGGUCAAUCAACACAGCGUUAGCCCGCGGAAAAGAUGCCCAAGACCAGCAUGAUUACGUUCGUACGCGUCCGAAACUGGACAUGACCGACUUUGCCCUUCGCGAGUGUACCAAUGAAGCAAUGCAAGUUUGUCUCAUGUUCCAUGACACCCGAGUGAGAACAAAGCAGAUGUUUUUAGAGCAAGCAUGGUGGGAAGCGCGUCCCACGAUUAUCACUGCCGCUUCGAUUCUUGCGCUAGUUUACAGAGCAUGCACACAGGGCAAUGUUAAUCUUGACGGAGAUACUAUUACGAAAGGCAAGAUUCGAGAAUGUCUGGAAUAUUUAAAGGAUGCUGUUGAGGCAUUGAUUCUCGAUUCGCUCUUAUGUUCAGAGAGGACGAAGGGGAUCGUCCUAUGUCUAAUUAGGUUGGCCGAUGGGGAUACGAAUGCUCUGUUUGACUACAAUCAGAUAUCAAUGACUACUCCAAGCGACACAGACAGCUCAGGAGCUGAGACCGAUUCGUGGUCCAAAACCUUUGAGAUCUCACAGUCGUCUGAAGUCAACUUGUUCGAUGUACGGGCAGGCAUCGAUUACGGUGUGGGCAUGAACGUGCAAAACAUGCCCACGAACCAGGCACAAAGGUCCAGUCCGGCAGAUUAUAGGUGGGUUGAUCAAGAAGUAGGGCUUGAGCAAAGGUCAUAUGGGGAAGGCAUGCCACAAUGGACAACCAUGUUGGCUGUGGAAGGCGAAAGACAGGUGGCAACCCCAUCAAGUGAGAGACGAGGCGCUCCGUCAUCUGCCUUCACCGCUGACAAAUUUGGGCUACCCAUGCUAUACGACAACCCAGUGUGGACGGUUCAUCAGCACUCGCAAAGUCAGGGAUCAGGCGGCGGACCACAAGGUCAAUGAAA